GGUUGGUUCGCCUCACAUGCUAGCGGCUUUUCGUAGCUGUUUACAGAUGAAAGAAUGGGCAAAAGUGUCUUUAGGUGUGUUGAAUGUAACGAAAAAGCAACGGAGCUGCACCGGGAUUACAGUAACGGGAUCCUGAAGAUAACUAUAUGUGAGUCCUGCCAAAAGCCAGUGGACAAGUACAUAGAAUAUGACCCUGUUAUCAUCUUGAUUGAUGCCAUUUUGUGCAAAACUCAGGCUUUCAGACACAUUUUGUUCAACACAAGCUUGAAUAUCCACUGGAAGUUGUGUGUGUUCUGCCUGCUGUGUGAAGCUUACCUCAGGUGGUCUCUGCUCCAUGGCUCUGAGCAGAGCAGUGACCCCGCUGACAUUAUCAGAUACACCAAGGAAUGGGAGUUUUACAGCAUGUUUGGAUUGGCCGCCCUCGAGCUGGUGGCGUUCUGCAGCAGCGUGCUGUGGUUCCUUUGGGUGGUGGUGGAUCGUCUGCAGGGUGGGAACUUAGAGCUCAGCCUGCUCAUCAGAGCCCUGCUGCUGUCCUGCUACGGGAAGGUCCUCCUCAUCCCUGCUGUCAUCUGGGAGCACGACUACUCCCCGCUCUGUCUGGGUCUCAUCAAACUGUUUGUGCUCACCUCAAACUCACAGGCAAUCAGAGUGAUCCUGAACAGCAGCAGACGUCUCUCGCUGAUGGCUGUGUGUUUAGGCCUGCUGUCAGAGACCUGCGUGGCUCAGGCCUGUAAAAAGUUUCCAUGGAGCAUCCAGGACAUGUUGACAUUUGAUUGAACGUCUGCCCUGUCAGACGGAGAUAAAAAUCACUCAUCUCAGGGAUGAACAAGUGACUGUAGAGGCCGACUUGUGCCGGAGAGAGCCUGUUUUUAAUGAACCUUCUGCACACACGUGGGAGUUGGAGAAGAAGCGGUAUUCUUCAAGUUCCCUUUUUUUGUUGUUAUGUUUUUUUGUUUGCUGCUCAUUGCGAAC